AUGGAUGCCACCGAACUGGAACCGACGGCCUCGACAUGUGUAGGCACGUCGGCUGCUGAAGCUACCUUCGACACCGAGUCGAUGCACUACUCCGACGAAUUUCACCAGGCAGAAGACCCGAACGAGGGGUGGAUCACGCCCCGCAAGUCCAGGAACCAACGCACCCUGCCGCGCCAGGUAAAUGAGCUCCAUACGGUGGUGGUGCCAAUUCCGCAUAGCCUGCAACUUCAAGACAUCAAACGGUACGAUCUCCUCCCUUUCUUCCUGGCCGCAGCCUCCCUGCCACCUCACGCUAGUGAAGAGGUAAAUAUCGACGUCCGCCUCCAACAAAGAGUCAUACUCCUUAAAACCGCCUUUGAAAGUUCAGCACGUCGCCUCAGCCAAACUAAACGCAUUCGUGUCAGGAAUCAGCUCCAUGAAAUCAGCCCCUACCUAGCCGCCCCGAUAAAUUCCUGCAAAGGGGUCAUCCACGGUGUAGAAGCGGGACUCACAACCAAUGACCUUAUGCACUCUCUUGAAAGCUUUCAAACCACCAUUAUCACCGCACGCAUGAUGGGGGACACUGAGUCAGUCCUUAUUACGUUCGAAGGAGCCAACGUCCCCCGCACCAUCCUCUUUCGCCGGGCAACCUACCGGUGUCACCCACACCGCCCACGUGCCCUGAGAUGUGAGAAGUGCCGUAUGUACGGCCACCGGACAUUUAAUUGCCCAGAGAGCCCAACAUUUUGGAGAUGCCCCACAUGCGCCGCGCAAAUACCUCACCAACAAGCCUCUCACGCUUGCUCCCCUCGGUGCUACCACUGCGGGGGUGAACACUCUUCCUUCGACUCGACUUGCCCGGUCCAGCGCCAAAAAGAUCAAGCCAGCAUGAAGGCGGCAUACGAACAUCGUGUGCAUCUCCGAAAAACCCUUCCACGUAAUAUGCAAAAGCCCCCAGCUUACCCCGUGCAGACUGCGAACAAAAAGCAAUCGGCGGCUCAACACAAGACGGAGCUGAGUUCCUCAAACUCAUAUCAACCACCAUCCUUAAACAAGUACCAUCUAGAGGCACAAGCGCAACUGAAAGCAUCACUCCGCAACGCGCAAAAACCGACAGAAUCGCAAACCCGUAAGGGAAUGUUACCUGCAACGGCCACCUGGGGGCACGCCUCUGCGGGCUUCUCAACGACUCCACGUUCACCGUCAUCCCAGACUGAAGACUUACCACAACAACGGUCACUUCUGCACCCUGCCGACCUAACAACAUCUCAACCAAAGUCUGACAUAGUCUCCCGAGAACCGAAGACCACACGAGCAAACCUCACAGAACCAGCACCAUCGCCGCCAUCGAUAGAGUUGACACCUAAUUACGAGGUACCCUGGGCGGUGAUUUUAAUGCCCCAAAUGUCAGCUGGGGUUACCUAUCCACACUUCGCCCAGGGCGACUUCUGCAAUCGUACAUUUCACAGCGCCAGUUCACUGUCUUAA